AAGCAGCCCAAGACCUGUGAGCCCAAGUCGGCUGGCACGGGCCAGUCAUGGGUUUUUCUUUGCUGUGUAGGCAUACCCAGUGUGUCCUAAACUCUUUCCUUAGUUAAGGAAUGUGCUGUUGAUUUUCCACAGUAUUCCAUGUUUCCAGUAUUGGCACAAUAAAAUAUAAAAGCCACAUGCAUGCCAGUGCACAUCCACAAAAAACAUAAGGGUACCACAAAUCCAUUUUUAUUAAUUGAAUAAUUUUUAAUCUUCUGGACAAAACCUCAUAGGUUUGAUUUGGCCGUCCUUCUUGUGACUACUUCCAUGUGGUCAGACAAUAUCUGGCAUAAAGACAGCUAUAAAAUAGCGGGAGAGUGGAAAAUAUCUGUUAAAAUCAAAGGUGAUGUGUGAAUUUUGGGUAGGAAUGUGCUUUUAAGUUAUACAACUAUCGUGCUCUAUUUAGCUGCAAGAUGCAUCUUGUUACCUUCUUGGGAGUUCACAGGUUAUUUGACAUUCCCUUGAGCUAUAAAUUAUAGGCAUAUGCUUACACUAGGGUGGUUUAUUUAAAAAAAAAAAUACAGGCCACCUUGAGAGAGAGAGAGUUCUUUGUGCACGAAACCUUUAAAUUGUGAGCAGACAGUUGCUUGUUUCUUUUGCUUUUUUGGACUGAGUUGCUUCAGGAUUUUAGUCUGUGUUUCACCAUGAAGACUGUCAUCCUUCUUCUAAUGAUGGUCUGUUGCAUGGGAGGAUUGGGACAGAAACAGACACAAAAGAAAAGGAGCAAUGGUGAAGAAAUCCAUUUUCAGACUAAAGUCAAAGACGCUUGCACAAUGAACAUGAGUGGUGAUGGGGAAAUGAAACUCAGAAUUGAAUGCAAAAACCAAGGAAAGUCUUACUGGUGUGAAUAUACUGGCAAACCAUCAAUUUGUCGUCCUUUCAAUAACAACCCAAAGGUUUAUUGGAACCAGAUUUCCCUUGAACUUAGAAAACUCCCAAACGCUUGCCAGUCCACCCUAGUGUUGAAGCCCAGCAUGUGCCAAAAGGCUCCUACAGAUGCUCACAUGAAGCAAGUAGCUUCCAGCAUGAAGCCAAACCAGAGUCCUAGCCAGCAAGCAGAUGCAGCCAAUCACGGGAAAUCAAUCCAGAAACCCUCAGCUUCUCUAAAGCAAGUUAAAGAAACCCAGGCAGGGAAAAGCUCUGCCAAAAAAGCAGGGAGACCUAAACCAUCUACACUACCUCUUGUAAAACCAACACAGCGUGGACAAGGGUCUGAAAAUGAUACUGAAGUAAUGAAGUUGGCACGAGAGCACUGCUGGGAAUCACUGCACACUUUCUGCUCCUACAUCAUCAGCAUCUUUAAAGGUUAAGAAUUGCUUCAGGUAAAGCUCCCUCUUCAAUAAUAUACAGCCAUAACAGAAUCUCUUCAAGUCGUUUUUUUUUUUUUAUUAAGCUCAGGGCUCUUUAAAGGAUAUAGAUAGCGGUAGUAUAUUGUGUAAUUAAUUCAGAAACUAUCAGAUAGGAAGAAUUUGUUCACCUUGAAGAUUUAAACUCGUUGACUGUUAAGUGAUUUAAGGCCUAAUCCCAUGAGGUUUUGAACAGCAUAAUCUACCAUUUGAAGUCAAUAGGAGUCAGGGGACCCUAGUACCCCUCAAGAUUGGGCCUUUAGUAAGAAUUAAAACAGAGUGCCUGCUAUCUUAGUUAAUAAUAAAUAGUACUAUUUUCCGAAUUACUUUCCAGUAUACUUCUGUGUGUGAUACAAUUCUUAACCCAGAAGCUCAUCAAUUCCACUUGUAUAAACUGGAUUUAUUUUUCCCCCAAAAUGCAUGCUGCUUUGAUUAAAAAAUUAUGCCAUCUGAUUAGUUUAAAUGUAUUGCAUGCAUCUAAAAGCACAAUUUAGAGAAAGACAUUCAAAUUCUGAGAACACAAGGUUGUUAACCAAAACUACUCGUUAAUAUUUAAUUAACUUUUAAACUAUUUUAUAGAGUUUAGAAAAGUUACUUAAUUUACAUACAUAAACCAAAACAGACAAUUCUUUGAAUAUUUCUCAUGGAAAUGAGAGGUGAUUAAAUGCUAAAUCUUUGCUGCUAUAGUUUGGGCGUAAAGACAAAGCCGUCACAGAAGUAGUCGGAGUUGUACCACUUACAUUUUACCUUGGAGACUACCAACAGCUGGCUACAAAACCUGACAGACUUUCCACAGGAAUGGAAAUAUGUACAGCCGGAGACAGAAAGUUAGUUAAUUUUAGGUGUGCUUAGACUGCUGAAGAUCCCAACUGUGCUUAAUAAGGCAAAUUGCUAAAUGACUAAUUUUUAUUUUCUUUUUUUUAUUUUGCAGAGCAAAUUUCUUACAGCUGAAGAGUUCCCUACUGGAGUUUCUGUUUAAUACUCUUUUAGACUAAGUUUCAAAAUGGGACCAUAGCUAUAAAUCUUGUAGUUACUUUUUUUCCUUUGCACUUCUAAAAUUAAACCAUUUUAACAAGUUUUCAAGGCAAUCACCAAAGAUGCAUGAAAUUGGAAUGACUGUACUGAAAUUAAGAAAUUAUUCUAGAUAAAUUCUUUGAUUCUUUUAGGUAUAGAUAUAAUAUAUAGGAACAUGACUGCAUUUAAUCUGAGAUGCCAGGUUAACCUGGUUUUAAAGUGCUGUACUUUGCUACAUUUUACUAUUUGUGCAACUUUAUUUUAAUGAGCAUUUAUAGAGAGAUGAAAGCUGUAAAUAAUGCUCCAGU